GCAUCGAAAUUCUAAUAUUUUCUUAUUAUUCUCAUUAUUCUGCCGAAUUUCUUGGCCUUGUGUGUUGUGAACUGCGGACUAAUUUUUUAAAAUUUCAAUUUUUUUUAUACAAUUGUAGCAGUUAUACCGUAGCUAGUAACUAGCUACGAGAUCCAUAUUGGCAUUGUGCGCGUGUUGUCGCUGCUGCGGGAUCGGAUCCGUUCUUCGCUCCUCUUGGAAAUCCAUCACAGAACCGCAGUGAUGUUUUCGCCACUUCUGAAUAAAUUUUCACGCGCAGUAUUCCCUGUUAUCACGCCUGUGCGAUGUUUGAGUCGGAUGCGAACCAAGACUCCCAAACAGGUUUAUUGGUUUCGUCGAUUGGUUCCGCCGGUGUUCGAUCAGGAUCUGGCACGCGAAAGGAUAGAAGCGGAACCUGAAGUGCAGUUUAAAGAGAUCGCUCCUGCUCUGAUAAAUCAGAAUUCAUCCAUCUUUUAUAAUCCUAUUGAAGACAAAUUUUUUAAAAUGGUGAUGGUGAGAGGGAAGCGUGAAUUAGCUGACGAAAUAAUGCGGAGAACGUACGAGAUUAUGAAGCGCGAGCAGCUGGAAAAGUACCGUAACGCUGAUGAAGCACAGAAGGAAAAAAUCGAGCUGAAUCCGACCAGAAUGUUGCUAACUGCCAUCAACAACUGCAAACCCGUUUUAUGCCUCACCGGUAUUAGACGCGGUGGAAUUGUGUAUCAGGUUCCGGCAGCGGUAAGAGAUGAAAAAUCAGAAUGGACUGCAAUGAAGUGGCUAAUUUUGGCAUCAAGGGAUAAUCCGAAAUUCGAAAGAUCAGAGAUUGCUCUUGCGAGGGAAAUUUCCAGUGCCUUUCACAAUCAGGGAAAAGUUGUGAAGAGGAAGCACGAUCUCCAUAAGCAGUGCGAGGCAAAUAAAGCAUACGCGCAUUAUCGCUGGGCGAGGUGACAGGCUGUUUGUUUUUUAUUAUUUUAUCACGCAGUGGGUGGAUCAGUAAUGAAGUACAGAUAAAGUGUUAUCAGACUUCUGUACAGAACUGGGAUAUUUCUCACGGAAUCUUGUGGUGUUACAAAUUUUGUGCUAAGGAUAAAAUAUCCGAAAGACAAGUCAAAUAAAUCUAUCAAGAAAUUCGCUGUAACAGUAAGAGAUUCGCCAUCAUAUCAAAACGGUUUCCAUCAGAUUGUACGCUCCAUAAUUCACCAGAUUCAAGUCGCACCAAGAGAAAACCAAACUUAUCCAAUCCUAUGAUUUU